GCCACCCGCUCUCCUCCGGUCCUCACAACGCCACCAGAAGCGAGCGGAAGGCAGAGCCGCGACGAUGGCGGGCGUCAGCUGCCACUUCCUCACCUCGCCGGCGCCGGCGAGGCCGCUGCGCUCCCGCCCGAGCUUCCCCGCCGUCAGUGGCCGCGCCCACUGGCCGGGCAGAGUGCGAACUCGGAUCAGUUGCUGCUCCAACAAUUCAGAGGAGGAUUGCGCGAGAAGCGAGCCUCCCAGCGAUUCCAAGGAAGAAGAAAGUAUUAGCUCCAGGCGAAGAUGUCUAGCUUGCCUCUGUGCUGUAACAUUAAUCAGUGCAACGGGCCCAACGUUUUAUGCGCCAAAAGGAUUUGCCGCGGACAUGACGAACAAGCCUGGCAUUCAAAAAGCUGUAUGCAGAAAUUGCGGUGGCGGCGGUGCUAUAAUAUGUGACAUGUGUGGUGGCACAGGAAAAUGGAAGGCCCUCAACCGAAAGAGAGCAAAAGAUGUUUACGAAUUCACAGAAUGCCCAAAUUGCUAUGGCCGUGGGAAACUGGUGUGCCCAAUUUGUCUCGGAACCGGCGUGCCCAACAACAAAGGACUCCUGCGGCGACCGGGCGCCAAAGAGCUGCUGGACAAGAUGUACAAUGGCAAGCUAUUGCCCAGCUCGUAGAUACAUAGCAUCUUCGGUACUGCAUAGCCAGAAGUAUAGGGCCACCUCUUGAAAGCAGAAGAUUUUUGUGUUGGUGUAAUACUGUAAUUUGAGAUGCGUAUUAGAUCUACGGAUGUAGUACGUUUUUUGCGCGAGACACACACGUAAAGCUUGUAUGAUUUUGUUCAAGUGUCGGAUGCACACGUAAACAGGAGAUAAAGCAUGCAUGUAGUAAAACAGAGACCAUGGACAUCCAAUUAUCUGUAUAUGGGUACACAAGUCUACCCACUGGGUGGUGGAAA